AAUUUGACAUAACUGUCAAAACUGUCAUUUAAUUGUUUUAAAACAAUUUAAUUUUACCCAAUAUUUCGUAAACACCUGAUUCAUCGUACAAAAUUCAUCUGAAAAACGCUUAUUAAUCCGUAAUGAACGAUAAAUCCACAAACCCUUAAUAAAACGAUCCGUAAACAUUGAUAAGGAAAGAUAACCGAGCUGAUAAACGGAAAACUUAACCAUUUUGACUCAACAAAUGUGAUUGUAAGGUGUAGUGUUUAAAAAAUGGCUUUAAUUUUAAAAAUUUUCGCUUUAAUCGUCUUAAUGGACCAAGUUAAAAGUGACGUUUCGAAGAAUCGCACCCCUUUUUGCGAAACUUGUUCUUGCGUGAACGAAACGUUAAUUAAUCCAGACGUGAAUUGUUCCUCAGCUUUGGUGUUAUCGAAAUUGUACCAAGAAGAGAUGUGGUUCGAAAAAAACAACAAUAUAUCCUUGAUGUAUAACAUAAACUCGAUCGAUUUGAGCAAUUUAAACAUGCGCGAAUUAAACGAUAAGUUUAAUAAGAGUAAUUUGAAAAAGAUGGAUUUAAGCAGAAAUGGGAUCGAGAAGAUUUCAGCGAACGUUUUUGAAAAUCUCCAAGAUAUGGUUGAGUUAAUUUUGAGUUACAACGAUAUUAAUUUUUUGGACGAAAACGUUUUUAAAGGUUUACACCUCGAUGGGUUCGAUUAUCCGUUGAUAUCGUUGAAAAUUCUGCGAUUAGAUCACAAUAAUUUCCAUACUUUAAAGAUAGAUGUGUUCCAACACAUCGAAAUGACGUUGGAGGAACUUUAUUUGGGGGGGAAUCCUUUUAAAGUUUUAGACCAACCGAGUUUAACGGCCAUUACGGGAAUACAACGGUUAAAAGUUUUAGAUUUGAGCUCUUGUGGGCUUCAAAAUUUACCUCAAUAUUUCCUGCACACCCCCGCGUACUUGGUUAAACUUGAUUUAUCUCUAAACCAGAUUGAAUCCAUUCCUGAAACAUUAAUAGACAGUAAAAGAUUAGAGGAAUUAAUCAUCGAUGGAAAUCCGAUUAAAAAUUUAACAUCCAAAAACGGAUUUCCCAUCACGAAGACUUUGAAGGUGUUAAAAAUGUCGAAUAUGCCGAAUUUAAUCGAAAUCGGGGCUAAUUCUUUGGGAAAUUUAAUUAAUUUAGAAGAAUUAUUUAUAAAAAACAACAACAAGUUGAUUAAAAUCGAUGAGAAAGCCUUGGUGAGGGAAGAAGUUGAAACUUCGAUUUGGCCCAAUUUAAAAAAAUUAGAUUUAAGCGAUAACAAAUUGACGCAUUUAAAUUUUACCUUCCUCGGAAGAUGGGAAAGUUUGACUUCGUUGGAUUUAAGGGGGAAUCCCUGGACGUGCGAAUGCGAAAAUCAAUGGAUGUUGGAUGAAUUAAUCCCGAUUUAUUUGCAAUUAGAUCCAAUUGGGGCUAAAGAAAUUAGAUGUGGUGCUCCUAUCGAGAUGGAAAAAUACAAAUUUUUCGAUUUAUACGCAUCGAAAUCGUCGAUGCGGUGUUUAGAUAUUUACGGGAAUCACCCCGAAAAAGAUGGGACGAUGUUGGUGGGGAUGUUGAUCGGGAUCUUAUUGGGGAUUCCCUGCGUUUUAUUCGCUUUGUACGCGUACCAAAGGAAUUGGUUUGGGGUUUUUGAUAAAUCGCCGGCGGCGUAUUCGCGCCAAUUUUAUCGGGCGCCCUCGUUAAACGAAGAGUUUUGAAUUAAAAGAGAUUUCGAAGAAUAAUUUUUAUUCAUCUCGAAAAAAAAACAUCCUAACAAAAUAAUAAUAAUAAUAAAACAGUGACGAUUAAGUCAAUAAAUAAAUUAAUUAAUUAUUCUCCGGUCUAAAUAUAUUACUUUUUUUGUGUGAUUCGAGUACAUUUCUUUUAUUUAUAAUCUUUAAAUUUACUUACUUAGAAAUAGAAUGGCAAAAAUCUUUAAUUAAAUUAAUAAUUAACUUUUCAAUACAACCACGCGGACUAUUAAUCUUGUCAAUGUUAAAUUUAAUUUGAUAAUCCAACUAAAACGUUUCUAUCAAUGUAAAAGUCAGUGGCGGCUUUGGAGGGUGGCGCAACAACUUGAGAUAAAAGAAUUGAUCAAUAAAACUUUUUAUUAUAUAUUGUCUAAA